AUGCCUUCCACCACGAAACCCAUCACCAGAAAACCCCGAACUGACAUCACGACGAACAAGAUCACGAGAACACAAGCUUCGCGAUCAUCCAAACAAAAGCCGAAGACCACGACAGUCAAAAAAGCCCCCGCUAUGGUCGACGUGCAGCAAGUCAGUCCACCACCGGAAAUCGACAUCCCCAAUUUACGAUUUUUACGACGAGUUCGCAGAGAGGCAGAUUUUGGUGCCAAGAGAGAGAAGCGCCAGGUUGCAAAGGUUUCUGAGAAUUGGUUUGCUACAGAUAUGGAGCUGCUUGGGAUUGUCUGGGACUACGAAGUUGACCCCGACAAGCCUGUCGACUCUCCGCUUGACCGAAUGUCUUUUCCAGUGAUUUGCUGGAUUGGAUGA